AACCACGUGACCCAUUUAAAGUGGGAGCGUAAAGAUGGCAGCCAAUGUCAGCGAAUUAAACAUGGCUCGACUAAGAAGUUCGGUGUUUUCAGUGCUCCAGUCGGACCUCCUCCGUCAGUCACUCUGCGUCCUGGUGGCUUUCUGCGUCCUGACGCAGCAGGCGCUGGCAGAGCAGCAGGAGUUUCUCGAGGACUUUCUGAAGCGGGAGUAUUCUCUGGUGAAACCGUAUCGAGGACUGGGCUUCUCCAGCUCCUCCCAGUGGGAUCUGAUGGGAACGGCCAUGGUGACACCUGACCAUGUGAGGCUGACCCCAGACCAGCAGAGCAGACAGGGAGCGGUGUGGAGCCGGAUCCCGUUCGUCUUGAGGGAUUGGGAACUUAGAGUUCACUUUAAAAUCCAUGGCAUCGGAAAGAAAAACCUAAACGGAGAUGGACUUGCCAUCUGGCUUACCAGAGAUCGCAUGCAGAAUGGUCCCGUUUUUGGCAACAUGAACCAGUUUGUUGGACUUGGACUAUUUGUGGACACUUACCCAAACGCAGAUAAGACCCACGAUAGGACCUUUCCGUACGUCUCGGUAAUGCUGGGAAACGGAACCCUGACGUACGACCACGACCGUGACGGGCGGACCACCGAGCUCGGAGGAUGCACGGCCAUGACGCGCAAUUCCAUUUAUGACACCUUCCUGCUGGUCAGAUACUCAAAGAACAAGUUAACGCUCAUGGUGGAUGUGGACGGGAAACAGGAAUGGAGAGACUGUGCUGAAGUCAGUGGGCUGAGGCUUCCCACUGGAUACUACCUGGGUGCCUCCUCUGUUACUGGAGACUUGUCAGAUAACCACGACGUCAUCUCAAUGAAAGUGUACCAGCUGACUGUAGAGAGGACUCCAGAGGAAGAGGAGGAAGAGGUGGUCACCGUCCCGCGGGUGGACGACAUGUACCAGUUUCAAGUGGACGUGGAGGAGGAGGGGAUGAGUGGGCUGCAGCUGUUCUUCACCCUGCUGUUCUCCGUCCUGGGCCUGGCCGUGCUGGCCGUGGUGGGACUGGUGCUUUACGGCCGCUGGAAGGAAAACAAGCGCAAACGCUUCUACUGAGAGGCGCUGCUUCUCAGAACACAGGUCCUCGGUGCACAUUAGAUCAACUAGAGACCGCCAUGCUGUGACUGGAACUGAGACUGACGACCUUCUGGGUCGAACGUGGAGAGAACACGAGCGGGAUGGACAGAUAAGUCAGGUGGAUAGUGUUUUAAUAUCUUUUUUUUUUCUUUAAGUUCUCUGGAGGAUGUGAAGGUCUCAGCAGGUUAUCUGCUGAGUGAGACUCUGUCCUCACCAACAGGAGGCAACAAAAGAAUCAAGUGUCCAGAAUCAAAUUGCUGUGUGGACUUCACUGACAUCAUGAUACGGGAGCUAAUGCUAAAGUUUAAGGCAGCGCACCACCAAUCAUCUUCCUGUGGGAAACACGGACAAAUCUCUGGUAGGAAAGUAAAGCGGUGUAAAUAUAAGCACUGCUUUGCUGUUACACCAGGCAGGAAGUUUGACCCUAAACAAGUUCCGUUCUCAGCAGGACAUUUAUUGGGGACGCACCACCUCUACUUCCUGUCUAGCCAUUGGUUUCUCAGUCAGUAGCUCUGAAAGUGAAAGUUUUGUAAUAAUGAGAUGGUUCCAGCCGCCAUCUUCAGCCUCCUGGAACAACUCAUCUGGGUUUAUCUAAAUGGACAUGCCAGCAAAUGUUUACUUACUGCCUGUGUUUUUAAUCAGACAGUAUCUUUACAUCCUCUGUUCUCACUGCCAGUUUCAACAGGAAAAUCAUUGGUGAAGCAAAGUCACGAAAAAAAUCUGAACUAUCUCUUUAAGUUCCUUUGUUCUGUUAUGAGUGUAAAUUUAGUUUUUAUAUCGGUGACAUCACAAAUCGAAUUAUCCAAUCAGUGGACAGAUUGACUCUGCCUCAGUGAUCUAAAUAAGUCUGUAAGCAGUGGCUGUCCUUUGAUUGGACAAGUAGGUUUGGCAUUAAGUCCAGGCUGUCCAAUCAGUUUGAGGUGUGAAAACGUCAGAAGUAUUCAGAGCGCAGGAGUUCCAGACAAUGUGAUUCCUGGGGGGAAAAAAAAAAGUUUUCUCAAGUUUCACUAAA